UUUACCAGUUACCACGAUUUCCUUUAACUCGCUGCCUUUCUUCUCCUCUCAUGGACGACACCUGUGCACGGUGGUCCGAUCUCCUUCCUGAACUUUGGAUGGCCAUCGGAAAACAUCUCGAUACUCACAUCGACGUCCUCCGAUGUCGCGGCGUCUGCCGAUCGCUCCGUGCUUCUUUUCCUCCCUUCAACGCCGUUUCUCCUCUUCUACCUCUCUAUCUCCUUUCUCUUCCCAACGUCGACGACGCUGAUUCUCCAGUCAAAGACAUUUUACUCGCUCGAAAGAUAAUCUAUCGCUUCAGUCCUCUCGAUCGCCAUCAAACUACUAACGCUGCUUCUUCUUCUUCUUCUGCAGCGGCGGCAGCGGCGGCGAAGGUAUGGUUUGCGAUCGUCGACAGUACAAAUGAAGGUAAAUUGCGAAUUCUGCGUCCGCUUUACCUGUCUAAUCUUAAAUUCACCUACGAAGCUCUUCGAGAUGAAAUGAACUUACUGGAAUUUCGAAUUCACGAAUUGGCUAAAUCGUAUACGAUUGUAAACACGGAAGGCGUUUAUGUUUCUGAUAUUCGUAAAGUCGUAAUGUUCCCUGAUUCUCCCUGGAUCGACAAAAAGAACUGUGCCGUUUUAGCAAUUUUCAGAGACGGAAAGUUAGGGUUCGCUAAACUUAGGGAUAACAAAUGGACGAUGUUUGAGAAACACAAUUUUGCCGGCGGUGAUGUGAUUGUAUACAGGGGGAAGUUCUAUGCAGUUGAUAGAAGAGGAAGAAUUUUCUCGAUUGAUUCAUGGUCGAUGGAAUUGUCACAGAUUUCUCCUCCAAUGAGUGUGUUUGGAAAACAGAAACAUCUGGUGGAGUGCGGCGGCGAGGUUUAUGUAGUGGAUCGAUUCGAUGAUUUCAGUGAUAGUGAGGAUGAUGUUGAUGAUGGUGGUGAUAAUUUUAACUAUAACUAUAAUGAUGAUGUUGAUAGUGAUAGCGAUAAUGAUAGUGAAAGUGAGGAAGAUGAAGAAGAUGAAGCUGAUUUCGAAGUGUACAGAGUGGAUUUGAAUGGAGAAUACUGUAGAAGAGAAUUGGAGGUGGUGAAGAAUUUGGGGAAUGAAGCGAUUGUUUUGGGGAAUAAGAGGGAGGGAAGUUUUUCAGUUUCGGGUACAGAAUUUGAAGGAAUUCAAGGGAAUUGCAUAUAUUAUCCUCGAAGAACAAUGAUGAUGAAGAAAGGAUUCUGAAAUGAUGAUGAAAAUGAUGAUGAACAACAAACAAUGCUCCAUCUUCAAUUUGGUUUGUCUGUCACUCCCUCUUUUUUCUUCUUCUUCUUCUUCUUCUUCUUCUUCUAAUUAGGCUUUCUUUUUUUCUUCUUUAGGGAGACAAUCAAUUUUUGCUUCUAAUUUGCUGCAUCAAUUUUCAUUUUAAUUUUACAAUUUUUUUCUCUCUAUUCUAAGUAUCACAAUCAAGCCUUUCUUCAUCAUCAUUGAAGUGUCAAUUCUUCAACAAUUUGUUAAGCAUAUGUUUUUACUUUA